CAGGCAAGUGUGCAAGACAGAGCAAAGCCACUUCACUCAUGCAGGAACCUUCACACGAACACUGUCUCCCACUGACACGGAACUACUGACCCCACGAGAUUAAUCUCUAAGCUCACUGCUGAGAUCACCACCGUCCUAACUGAACAGUGGGCCGAGAUCGUGCUUACUAAUGAUCAACUCGGAUUUAAGAUUUCGUGAAAUACAAUUUGAACUCAGUGCUCGUGUGAAAGACUUGUGACUUCAUCUCACAGCUCGUCUGCUUGUACCUUGGGAUUAUUUAUAGGUUGUGUAACAACAGUUCGAGUCACCUGGAGCUUGUUUAUUGCUCUCUCACACAAUGUGCAACACGACGACAAACACGGGGAUGCCUCAGGACGCGACAUCAGGGGUCGACGGGGAAAUCAGUGGCGAUAACGAGGUGGUUACAGACGACUCCAGCACCAAGAAGGCAGAGGAUGAAACAAGGAACAGUAGCAGCCCUGAAGACCACGAUAAGGUAGUGGUUGAGGUGGAGCCAGACACUGGCCCCAGAACACACUCCAAAACUCACUCAAGCAAAAAGCGAGAGAGCUGCUUGAGCCGAACGAGCCGAUGGGUGACUGAAACACUAGAAGACUUCUUUGAAAAUCAUGGUAUUCGCGUAGCGUCUCACCCCAGUCUGACAGCCGCUCUCUGCAUGCUGGUGUCAACAUUGUGUGCUCUGGGAACUCUCAGUUUCACCACGGAACUCAGACCUUAUCAUCUGUGGAUCCCUCAGGACUCGGAGUUCAUAAAGGUCCUGAACUGGCAGUCGGAAAAUUUUCCGAGUUCAUACCGGCGCCACAUGGCCGUGUUGGAAACGGACAACGUACUGACGGCGCGAUCAGUACAGGAAAUGUGGCGCCUUCAUACCAAAGUGAAGCAGCUCUCUGUGGGAACCAGUCACGCUACUUGGGAUGCCCUCUGUGCUCGUGUGCCUUCCCUGCCCAUGGAUGAGGAGCCACAGACAGACGAUGCAGACUUCGAGUACGGGGUUUUGGAAUUCAGACGCCGCCGUGAUCUAUUUCAAACUCAAACAGAGGACUUGAGCCUAAAGUUGCCCCGAGAUCAAUACUGUGACAGUGUGUUUAGUCUGCCGAAAAUAUGCCUAGAGACCAGCCUUCUUGAGGUGUGGGGGCUCGAUGAGAACAUUAUCAUGAACUUAACAGACGAGCAAGUGGUACUUGAUGUCAAUUCGGCACGACUGAGUGAAGUUUUUGGCUAUAAAGUGAAUUUCACUAAAUACCUAGGCAGCGUCGUAUACGACGAGACGGGACGAAUGGUGGGUGCUAAAGCUGCCAUGCAUAUGUGGGUGUCUCAGGUGAAUCAGAGCGCCCUCGACCUAGGGAACAGUGUAGUGGAUCAGGGCACCGGUGAGCUCGUCGACAAGGCAGGCUUUGACUGGGAAAAAGCUUGGGUGGACACCAUUCUGAAUGAUAUCUCACGACCAAGGUACAUCAAAGUUUAUGCUCAUGCUGCAAGCAGCUUCGGCACUGUCAGUGACGAGAAUAUUUGGGGUGAUGUGAAGUUGCUAGUCAUCGGUUUUGUAAUAAUGAAUAUUUUUGUAAACAUAACAUUGGGACGAAGGAAUCUUGUACAGCAGCGUCCAGUGCUUGCAUUUUUAGGAUUGAUGAGUGUAGGGCAGGCUGUGGCUGUGUCCUAUGGUCUCUGUUCACUCGUAGGCAUUCCCUACUGUCCCGUUAACUCAAUUCUUCCCAUUCUCCUAGUAGGCUUAGGUGUAGAUGAUAUGUUCGUCAUCAUGGCAGCGUGGGAGGCCGCUGGAUGCCACAAAGACGUCUCCGGGAACUAUAUAAAGCGUGCUGGUCUAACAAUGCGUCAUGCAGGGGUCGCCAUCACUGUCACUUCACUGACUGAUGUGACAGCUUUUGCUGUGGGAGCGUCAACAGAUUUGCCAGCAUUACGAUCUUUCUGCUUGUACGCUGCUGUCGGCAUAUUUGCAGUGUAUCUGUUGCAAGCUACAUUCUUUUUGGCCUGGUUAGUGAGGGAUGAAAGUCGAUUGGAAAACAAUAAAAACGGCCUUCUGUGGUGCAUAACACACAAAAAUUGGAAACCCUGGGGAUGCAGCGAGAGAGAUUUGCUGUCAGACGCCUUCCAGUAUGGCUUCUGUCGCUUUAUUAUGUACACACCAGUUCGUGUGUUCAUCCUGGUGGGAUCUGGCUUCCUCCUGGCCUUCUCAGUCUGGGCCACCAUGAACCUUCACCAAGAGUUUAACCCUAUGUGGUUCAUACCUCAAUCCUCUUAUUUGUAUGAAGCAUUCGAAGUCUCCUCGAAGCACUUCCCCGAGGCAGGAGAACGCGGUUAUAUAUACUUCUCUAAUAUUACCUUACCUGAUGAUCUGCCUGAGCUAAAUAAUUUAAUAAGUGCUUUGAUGGAAAGCCAGGUAGUAAGCUCGGUAAAUGCAUGGUUUACUACACUAGAUGAAUAUAUGUCAUUCAUGCCUAAUUUAGGCAACAUGACUCUCACGUAUUCCUUACUGCUCGAUGCACUUUCCAUCUUCCUUCAGUCUUCAACAGGAGCUUCAUAUCGGAAUGACUUCUCUUUGGAUGGCGUUCUUGAUUGUAAACACCCGGCUCCUCCUAUCACUUCAUUUAGAAUUGAAAUCAUCCAUCAUCCAACAAACUCCCGAGCAGAGCAAACUGUUGCUUUAAAAACAGUCAAGAACUUACUGGAACAAAUGCCAGUAGGCGGGUAUAGGGCUGCUUGGGCCCAGGUGUACAGCAUAUGGGAAACCAAUGAAAUAAUCGGGUACGAGCUGUGGAGGAACAUUAUACUGGCGGGAAUAGUAGUGAGCAGUGUUACACUGCUUCUUCUGGCAUCCUUCUCGGCCUCUAUGUUGGUUCUGGGGUGCGUUGUGGCCACUGUCAUUGGGGUGUCGGGAACCAUGUGGUUGUGGGGUCUUACUGUAGAUACUGUUUCCUGCAUAGCCAUCGUUCUUGCCAUCGGGCUCAGUGUGGAUUAUGCGGCACACGUAGCACACGCCUUCUUAACCACACGCGGCAUCGCUGAUAAAAAGAAGAGAGUUCAGAAGGCGCUGGCGAGCGUUGGUCCUGCUGUAUUAUUGGGUGGACUCUCCACACUCCUUUCUUUCGUGCUCCUUGCAGGCUCCUCCUCCCACGUGUUUGCCACUUUCUUCAAAGUAUUUGUAACAGCUUCUAUAUUAGGACUCUACUACGGACUUGUUCUUCUACCCGUGAUCCUCUCCUUAAUUGGUCCAGCAGCUUAUGCUGAGUGCGAGGCAGCUAGCGACCCUCCUGACAUACAUGUCACCAGCAGUAUGGAAGACUCUUCACAACACCCACAAGACUACACUAACUCAGCGUAUUCUGAUUGUGACAGUAAUUCUAAACAGAUCUCCAUAGCAUCGUAACAUCUUAUAUAGCUAGCCUAUACCUGUGUACAUAAUGUAGUUAAUUGUUCCUUAUGUGAUAUAUGUAAAUAUCUAUAAUGGUUAUUAUUGCAGAAUAUAGCAAAAUAUCAUAUGCGUAUUCGUGUAUAUAAAUCGAUAACAAGUUAUUAUAUGAACAUAAGUUAUAU